CAGUCAAGGCACCCUUUAAACUUAUGGACAGUCCCGAGGCACCCCUUAAAAUUAUGGACAGUCCCGAGACACCCCUUAAAAUUAUGGACAGUCCCGAGGCACCCCUUAAAAUUAUGGACAGUCCCGAGGCACCCCUUAAACUUAUGGACAGUCCCGAGGCACCCGUUAAAAUUAUGGACAGUCCUGAGACACCCCUUAAAAUUAUGGACAGUCCCGAGGCACCCCUUAAACUUAUGGACAGUCCCGAGACACCCCUUAAAAUUAUGGACAGUCCCGAGGAACCCCUUAAAAUUAUGGACAGUCCCGAGGCACCCCCUAAAAUUAUGGACAGUCCCGAGGCACCCCUUAAAAUUAUGGACAGUCCCGAGGCACCCCUUAAACUUAUGGACAGUCCCGAGGCACCCGUUAAAAUUAUGGACAGUCCCGAGACACCCCUUAAACUUAAAAUUAUGGACAGUCCCGAGGCACCCCUUAAAAUUAUGGACAGUCCCAAGGCACCCCUUAAAACUAUGGACAGUUUCGAGGCACCCCUUAAAAUUAUGGACAGUCCUGAGGCACCCCUUAAAAUUAUGGACAGUCCCGAG